CUAGUAGUCAAUUACCGUUUGAUCCUAUCACCUCUUUCUGCUUUCCUCGCUUCUGCUUCAUAACAACGCUCUCUGGAACCAACAGCCUACCUACACUCCUUCUGAACAGUCCUUCAUUCGAAAUCGAAGCCUUUGACAGCCACUGGUCCGGGGCACAAAGCUACGCCGUCCUAGGAACUCCAUUAUCGGCAUAUCCAACAAUAUCCUUCUCAUCAAUCACCUUGGCCAGUCCUCAUGAAGUUAACCACUCUUCUCUCCUUCGCGAUUGCGAACGUAGCAUUCGCGGUGCCGAGCGUGCUGGAGGCUCGCGCCCAGGUCGAUGGCGCUGCCCCGAAGAUCGAUGACCCUCAGUUCAUCAAGCGCAUCAUGGAUGCCCACUGGUACUGGCGCUCUAUCCACUGUGCUCAGGAGCUUCACUGGGACCCGGCCCUGGCAAAGGCUGCCCUCGACUCCGUCAGCGCUUGCACCGAAAAGCCCCAGCACGACCGUGGCGGCAGCAAUCUCUCCUCUGUCUCUCCUGCCCCUUCCAACUAUGACGAGUGGCUUGAAUUCGCCCGCACCGUUGUUCAUGGCUGGCAUGAGGAGGAGCUAAAGUACCCAUAUGACAAUCCUCACUACCACGAUUCCUGGGGUCACUUCACUCAAUUAGUCUGGCGUGAUACCACACGUAUCGGCUGCGCCCUUGGCCACUGUCCUCAUGACCGCCCCUGGCCCGGACGUCUCUAUUGCUUCUACGAGAACGCCGGCAACAAUCUUGCAUUCUCCUUCAAAGAACAGGUGUGGCCUAUGGUUUGUGGUGACCCUACUGGUCGUCACAACUAG